AUGACGCCGCUUUGUGGCCUCGCCUUCGCGUCGCCCUUUUUACCGCAUACUUUUCUGACUCUCUUACACGUGUCUGGGAUUAUCCUCUUCGCCCAGUCUUGGACGCUCGAACCCGCCGCAAAACCUUCUUUCACAUUCUCGAGUCCGGACUGUCGGUAUACACCAGAUGAUAGCCGGCGCUGUGCCUGUAUGCAAGUUGUUGUUGCAAGCCAGGGCCAGCCGUGGCCGAUUCUUGGACCUGCUGGAGGGGCCUCUCCCCGGACUCGAGCCGAAAAAGUCUGCUGCGCUUCAGAGAAGGGGCAUCAUACGAUCAACCUCGUUCCUGUGGCAGCGGUGCCCCUGCAUCGCCUAGGGAGCCUCCAAGGGCCCUGUAUCGCCUCAGCCCAAAGCUUGAUGAACCUUCGUCCGCUUGGCGGUUUGGGUAUCCGGUCGGCGGAAGCCGUCUUUUUCUAG